AUGGCGCCCUCAAAGUACCCGCCUGGGGCUCAACACCUAACACUCCGUCAAGUCGCUCAAACGACGCGGCAGCACUCAGAAGCGCCGUUCAAGCUGAACAAUGUGGCUAUCGCCAAAUCGGUCAUUGUAGUAGCCAACGUCGUCGGGUCAGAGCGAAAAGAGAGAAUGAUAUCCUAUGAUCUCGAUGAUGGUACAUGGGGCAGAGCCAUACAAGGAAAAAUAUGGAUUAACCAUGGUGACGAGACAGACGUGCCUGAACUAGAGCAUCUCCAGUAUGUGCGGGUACUGGGACGCCUGGACCACUUCACCACUUCAUCAGGAAAUAUCAUGAAGAGCCUUACCAUAGACACGAUCCGACCGAUAGAGAACCCACACGAAGUUCUCUAUCAUAUCCUUCGAACAAUGGCCGAGCCAUUGGUGAUGGCCCAUGGCCCACCGCCGCCAGAUGCGUGGUCGAAGCAACCCAAUGAACUGCUGGACCAGAAGCUAGACCAAGAGCUGGCCAGAGAAACCCACAAAUUAGUUGUCUCCAGUGCUUCGAAGCCGCCCACGCCUCCCAGUAGGCCUGCUUCUGCAGGCUCUCCUCGCAAGCCUCUUCCCCGCUUGAGCCUCAUCCAAUCGCAGGCUAGCGGCUCAGCUUCUGCAACCACCGAAGCGUCGAUCCAUAGUGAUCCUCUAAGCGGGCUGACCGAUCUUCAGCGAGAAAUCAUGCUGUGCAUAAUGAGAGACAACAGCGCGAAUAUUCAGUCCAAUCAUAUAUACCCGAAUCUUGGCCUUGGUGUACCCUCAUCAACACAUUGGGUAUCGCUGGAUGUUCCGAUGUCAUCAAUUCAGAAUAAUCCAAGACAUCGAGAUGUGUCGAGCACAGAAUUCAUUGGAGCAAUGGACUUUCUCGUCUCCAACGGAUAUCUGAAAGAGUCACCAAAAGGCGACUUUUUCUCUGUUCCCCAGCCUCGAGCUCGGAGGCCAUGA